GUUAUCCAAACUUGAAAUAGACCCGAAAAAAGCAGGAAAAUCUGGAUCAAUGGAAUCCUUUCGGAGCGAUGUGAAUAAUUGCGGGAAAUGUCGAAAUGGAUCUGCGAGUUCUAGGAAUUGUUCAGAAAAGUUAAGCUGGGUUUGCAAAGUGCCGGAAUGUAAAGCGAAGCGAGAGGUUAGGUUUUGUUCAAGUGAUAUUCAUAGAAGUGAUAGAUCUUCAAGGAGGUAUAAAUCAAGUAAGGAAAGUGUUGCAGCCAAGUGGGAUGCUGUAGAGAAGUUCAUCUGUACUGGACAGAAGAUGAAUGCUUGGACACGAGAACAGGUAAGAUAUAUAACCUGUGUAAACACCCUGUGUAAACAAUAAUGAAAAGAUUAUCAUUGAUUAUGAUAAUCUUUUCAUUAUUGUUUACACAGGAUGUGGUUGUCCAAUUCACCUCAGCCAUAGGCUCCAUAACCAAGGUUAAGAGGCGGGAAACCAACCUGGUGUUUCCACAAAUCAAAAUGAAAGAAAGUAUGUAUAGGGAAAUUACCCUGCACAGUCAGAACAGAUUUUUGGUUUUGAAAGUUAAUUGUAUACUUUGUAUAUUUUUCAACAUAGCAAAAAAGACUUUAUUACACAUGUUAUAAAGUUUUUUAGAUAAAAAGUAAAUUUCAGCCAAAUGUUUUUAUAACCAUGUGCCAAUGUUACAUACUCUAGAUUUCUAAUUGUAAGUGUCCAGUUAUAAUAAGUCCACUGUUUGGCAACGUUAAGUUGCCUGUAUAUAAACCUAUUGCUACAUUUGCUUGCUUCUGUAAAGCUCAGGGCUAUAUACAUUUUCCAGCACUCCACUUUCUGUUAGAAACUGUUGGUUCUUGUAGGCUUUAAUGUUAUUGGUUUGUACGGUUGACGUUUUCUGACAUUUUCAUUCGGGUCAUGACAAAAACGAUUGAGUAGGAAAACCUCAUCAUUAUCUUCAUUUGAUGGCGCUGGUGUAACUUGUGGCUUUGGUACAGUGAAGUACGCAAGCACAUUAACACAAACACCAACAAUAAAGAGAAAUGCACUUAGUAUUAUUGCGCAAUCCUCUGGUGACGUCGAAUAAUAGAGAAACACACUAACAACGGUGGUGCACAAAAUGGAGAAAAAGACGCGCUGCUUGAUAGAGAGAUUUCUUUGUAAUGGCCAACCAAACGUUAUUACCAGAAGUAUUUUCACGCUCCAAACUAUAAAUGGCAACACCCAGGUAACUGUUAACCUCACGACGAGAAGAAUGACAAGUAUUGAAACGAUUAAACAACCAGUUCCAAAAGCAAGCUGCAGUAACGUUUCGUUUCCAAUGUCUUCGCCUUUUAAAUGUUUGUGAAGAAUAUUGGCUGAUAGUUGAAACGCGUAAAUCAGGAAAACCAAUUCUAUGAAGCUCAGAAUAAUAUAUCCACCAAGGGAGAUUAGAUCAUUUCCGGUGUGUAGUCGAAGGUAACGGGAAACAAAAAAGGCGAACAGAAGAAGUAUCAAAGUUCCAAUAUCCAAUCCAACAUGCGACUUUUUGACAACUGUGUUUACAUUGGCCACUGCCUCCUCAAUAUUAACCACUCGCUGCAAGAAUUGAGUUUGGAUAUCCUUUACGGUAUUUAUCAUAGCUUCAAGAUGAGUGUUUGUUUGUUCUGUCAUCUGUUUUACUUGCUGUUCCAUCAAAUUAAUUCCUCUUGCCGCAUUAUCAGACAUCACUUUUAAAACGUUGCUCAUGCUAGCUCCCAUUGCUUGAAAGUGUCUCGUCGAUUCGUCUGUAAAACGUUUCAUUUGUCGUCCCAUUUCUUCAAUUGCGUUUCCUGCGUUUGCAAGUGCAGGAGCAACGACAGGAGGAGGGACAGGAGGGGGAAUCCUCCUCCUCCUCCUACGAGCUUCACAAACAGCACAUGAACACACCAAAAUAAAUAGAUGGAUGAGGAUAUACGUCUUCAUUUUUGUAAAGGCGACGAACUGAAAUAAGAAAUUAAGUGCAGAGAAACAUCAAAUUCAAAGUUCCUUGAGCAUUAUUUUAGUUUUAGGUUUAGUGCCAUUGUCAAGUCGCAUAUAUAUAUAGUUAAUAGUUGGAAAUUCGCAAGCAACUUAAGGCUCUUAUAUCAACAUAUUUCGAUCUAUUUCCACGUCAGCAGAUAAAAUCAUGAGGGUAACAUGCCUAUAGCCCCUGAGAUGGAUCAUGCAUGGUUUUCGAAAUUCACUAAAAUGAAUUGAAAGAAUUCAGAUAUACAUACCUUGAGACAAUUCGUGACGAACUUUAGCGCAUUAAUCUUUUUAGCUUAAAUUGUUUCAAAUUGCUCACUGAACAGCUGCGAAUCGAAUGCCUGAAAUGCUUUUUUAAAUUUAAAUUUAUAAUUCAUGCAUAUACAACACUUACAACAUUGCUAGAACUAUUCCAACUGGUUUCUAUUGUUGCAUUAUAUAAAGAACAUUCUAAUGGCCGAAUAACUUUGUCCAAUAAAACCUUUAAUCCCGUUUGUUCUUGUUAACUUAUAAUUCUUGAGAUCUUUCAUUUAGUAGCUUGUGUGCCGCGAUAUGUGUAAAUAUCUUAAGAAGAAGCAACUUAUUAAAAUUGAGCGAGAGAUUUUAUUCGACCAUGUCAAGGUUUUGCAACAAUAGAAAACAGUUGGAAACAGUUUCAGCCAUGGUCAUAUGAAAUAUUAUAAAUGUAAAUUUUUUUAAAAAUCAUUCAGCCAUCGCAUUCGCAGCUGUAAUCCAUUGAGCAAUUUAGCUUGAAAGACUCAAGCAAAAACGAUCAUUUUGUUAAAUCUCUUUAGAAAUUACAUUUCUUUACAAGGUAUGUAUUUGAAUUCUUUCAAUUUUUUGGAGACCUUAUUUCACUUUGCUUCUCAUUAAGCCAUUAUGAUUGUAUCGGGAGAUCUUGCUGUUUUCGUGAUUUUAUGCAUGCUAUGCUUAUUAAAAGGAACUUAAAACUGAACUCGAAAUUUGUUAGUGUCACUACACUAUACAUUGAUAAUAUGUUGACGAUUUCUAUUGUCAACAUAUGCAUGACGAUCUAUACGACAAUAAAUAAUCGUAACAUACACGCGUUACAAUAUAUUCACGAGAAAACCACGAAAAAACAUAGAGUUGACUGAAGCGAGAUUUGAACUUCCAUAUUCAGCGAACCCGGCUAACCCUCUAGCAAUUGAGCAUUCGAGUCAACUGGGGACAAUGCAAGUUCAAAUCCAUAUUUAAGCAGUGUUGUGUUUUUCUCAUGAAUAUACAGCUAAUUCAAAGAAGGAUGUCCUUUGCAAACCUUAAACCUUAAACUCUAAGCGUGCAAAGCAUAAUGGGAGCAUUAUUUAAUCAGUUUAGAAAUCAUAUGUGGGGCCCAUUAGAGACAUGGUAAAUAUCUCCUGACGAGAACAAUUCAUUCACAAAGAGCUGCAAUAUUCAACUACUAAGCUUGAAACAUGUGCUUUAGAGUUUAAGGUUUGCAAAGGACAACCUCUUUUGAAUUGGCUUCUCCUGAACAGGGAAGAGCCUGGGAACGAGGAUGUCAUAAUGAUUAUUGGUAUUCUUUGCAAUUUUCUUCAUGAAUUAUUAGUGAUAUUUUAAUUUUACUUUUGAAAGGGUUGAUUUUACAAUUGCAGUUCAUCGCCUUUGAUCCAAAAAUACAUAUGAAGUCGUCGUGUGUUCCAUGCAUCUGCUUGUUUUUACUGGCAUGUUCGUGUGCUUAUGUGUCGUGUUGUAUAAGAGCUCGAGUUCGUGUUGCCGUUCCUGACUUUCGACACGCGCAAAAGGCUGUAGCUACAAGCGUUAGUAAUAUGGUGGGCGUCGUGGAAGGGAAAAUGCAGCGGUUGACAGAUGAAUCCGCGCAGCUACUUCAAACAGUGGGAUCUAGCGUUAGCAACUUAGUACAAGAGAUGUCUACGAACGUGGAAAAAGCAAUUGUUAUGGUAGAAGGACAAGUCAGAGGGAUGAGAGAAGAUGCCAAUAGACAUCUUGAAGCUAUCGGAAACAACGUGUCGAACUUUCUAGGCGAACUAAAGGUACAUGUGGAUAAUGUAUCGGAAGUAAUCCAGAAGGACAUACUGCCCGAAGCAGUAUUAAUAACGAAGAAUGUAAACAAAGUAGUAAAAAAGACGCUUACUGUAAUGGAUAUUGGGAUUUUGAUACUUGCUUUGUUGGUUCUUUUUGUUUCCCGUUAUCUUCGAUUAACCACCAAAAAUGAUAUUUUUUCUUCAAGUGGUUAUUUUAUUUUGGGAUUAUUCGAAUGGGCUAUCCUCACUUUUGCCAUUCAUAAAUUUGCCCUAAUUUUCCACAAGCAUGUGACUGACGAAGACAUCGAAACGGACAUGUCACUUCAACUUGCUAUUGGUAUAGGAUGUUUCAACGCUUUAAUCAUUGUCAUUAUAAUAGCUGUCAAGUUAAUAGUUAUCUGGAUUACUCAUUUUACCGUACCACAACUAACGAAUGAAAAUAAUGACCACAAUGCCAACGGUAAAAUUAGAAAACGACACCCGCGCAAACCUCUAUACAGAAGAUUCUAGAGUAACGAAGGAAAGGAUUUUUUAACAUUCUAAUAACGAUGUAUAACGUUUGUACAACGAGAAUUAUUCUAGGAAUUUUUCUAACAUUCUUAAAAUGAUGUAAUAUAUAUAUACUGUGUGUCAUAUAUAUAAUGACAAUUAUUCUAAGAAUUAUUCUAACACUCUAAGAACGUUAUUUAACAAAUAUAAAACAUUUUCCGUGUUGAUAUACAGUUAUAUCAACACGAGUGGGAAUUGGGAAAACGAGAAAUUGUGUGGAAACACGACGCCCGAAGGACGGAGUGUUUUCACACAAUUUCGAGUUUUCCCAAUUUCCACAAGUGUUGAUAUAACUGUAUAUCAAUACGGAAAAAAUGUUUUAUAUUUUUUUUAUAAUAUAGCACAAAGAAAUAUAAAGAAAAAUUUUUUAUAUCAACACGGCUCUUAUAGCCAAUCAGCGUUCAGAAUUUACAAAGCUAUAUUAUAAAAAUAUAUAUAUAAUAUAUGUGCACUAAUAAUUAUUCUAUAUGAAUUAUCCUCUCAUUCUGAGGACGAUAUAUUUUGUAUAGAUAAUGUCCGUUAUACGAUAAUAAAACAAUGUAUAAUGUGGGUGGGAAACUUGCAUUACCUCAGUUCUACAACUUUAUAAUACUAUCGACGACUAUCGAGGAUAUGGACUCAGAAGACAUAGAUCGUUUUGUUCGUUGUCCAACAUUGAACUACGAAUUUUAGCCCAUCGGUCUUGAGGCAGAACUUUCAAAUCUUGCCAUGUACGUCUUUUGUCAUUGAGGCCGCUUUCCGCCGUCCGCUUCUACUUUAAUGAUUGGUAUACCUGUUUUCCUCCCUUUCUCCUCUUGACCCUCACUCGCUUCGGACGUUUGCCAUCCUUCAUCUUCACAGUACGACUGGCCAAGUCAGCAUCCUUCUCAUUUGUUUAUCGAGGUCCUGCUUCAACAGUGAAAGCAUCUCUACAACACAAAUUCACCCCGAUCUUCAUGAUUGCAGACUAAACAAUGUAUGAUAUGAUAAAAAACAGUUGGAAACAGUUUGAGCAAAUACAUACAUGCAUAAAUUACCGAUGCAAAUUGCUCAAAAAUCAUUCAAGCAUCUGAAUUGGAAAGUGGACUUGUUAACUAAGCAAUUUAGUCUCACAAAACUAAACAAGCAGAUUGUGUUAAAUUUCACAAAUUGUCUGUCUGAAGGUUUGUAUACUUUUUAAUCCUAAUUCUGGUAAUUUGAUUUGCAAUUUAAAACCUUUUUACAACACUGCAUUGUGAUCUUCUAUUGCGCCUGUCAUACAGUGAUGUCAUUUUCGAAAUCUGCUAAUAUUUUCAAGGCUUCUGUUGUCUAUAUAAUUACAUGACGAUAUGAUCGCCACACAGACAUGAAAAUUUCUGCAAAUUAAUUGUGAUUAACGUGUUGUGAUCUUGAGACUGUUGGAUAAAGCUACAGAUUUAAAUAGAUUAGUUAUAAAUGAACGGAACAUUUACCAAAUGCAAAGGCAAAGCCAAAGGAGACUUUUUCAUGCAGGUUAUUAUAUAGCAAAGAAAUGAAGAGCCAACACCACUGCUGAAAAGAACACAUCAUUCAAAAUUAGCAAAAUUGUAAAAUACUAUGACUAUAGUGAAUAAGGGUAUAACAUUGCCUCGCAAAGUUUGCUUACCGGGUAGACAAAUAAUUCGCUUCCGCAAUAUUAAAAUAUAUUUAAAAUGUGCAAACUAACUUUGCACUUGUAUUUUAUGAUAUUUUACCACCAAACUUUGCGAUUUUGUUAAUUGUGAUGUGCUUUUUUCAGCAGUGGUGUUAGAUUCUCACUGUUUCUAUGCCUAUAAACAAAAUUUGGGAAAAUCGUGAAAAGGUUUACUCUAGAUUAUAUUCUUUAUAUCAUUUUAGUCAAUUUACUCGAUUCUGAUUGGUUAAAAACCGUGCCGAUUAAACAUUAAUCGGCACAGUGUACCGAUUAAAGCGAAGAGGUUAUUUCGCUGGCCUGAGAGUGACAAAACGUAACAAAGCAACAGUUUUACAAACACUAAGUGACCCUAUUCCAAACACCAACCCUACUCCAAGUUUGUUUCUAAACCAAUCUUGAAGAAAAACUUUUUGACGAAAUGUCAUUCUGAGGUCGGCGAAAUAACUUCUUCCCGAUUAAAAAUUAAUCGGCACAAAUACGAGCCCACGUGCAAUCCGCACGAGUGCUGAGUUCAACCAAGCCAGGCUCUCUAUUUCCGCUUUCCUCCAAAAUAUGUUGGAGCGUGUUUGGAAGGAAAGCGGAAAUGCGAGGUUGGUUGAAAUUUUCAACAAAAUCUAAAUAAACAACGUGAAAAUUUAUAUUUUCUGAACUCCGAGCUCUUGUGUAUGUUCAAAUAAACAAGACAAAGAAGAAAUAAUGAUCAUUUACAGUUUUCGCAGGUAUAAAUUGAAAACUAAUGUCAGGAAUUACUUUCGAAAUUGACAAAUGCGCGUAUGGCGGCUGUGCUUCCUUGAAUAGCAUUAACACAAUGUUUCUUGUCAUUGAUUGCACGUGUACAAUUAUUGACUAUGAAAUUGUAUAAAUAGGAAAUUACACUUGUUCGAGAAUUAUUGAUGAAAAAUCACACUUGUGUUUGGCGAAAUAUUUAUAAUACUGCUCGUGCUUCGCCAAGCAAUUAGUGACUAAUUAUUUUACCGAAUUAAUAAUUAUUAAAAAGUGUUACUUUUGCUUUUGCAGCUCGUUGCCCUUCAGUUGAAUACAAAAAUAAAGACGUAUACGUUCUCAUCCGUGGGCACACUAAUUAGAGCAAGCAGUACCCAGGAAAUUGUUCCCAGGGCAACUUCUAUGAUGGGCAUAGAAAAGUCGCAUUUUGUGGCAGACAUUUGGAUUCUACUAUUUUUUUUGUUCGGUUUCUUUUUUUUUGCAUCACCUUCGAUUGCGUAUUGGGAACUAUUUGUUCUUAUGUUGUGGAUAUAAAAUUGUGUGGUGCUUAGAACUGGUUUUUCUGGUCAGCGCAGUUAAAGUAUUGGUCAGUAUUCUUGAAAAGCUUGUGAUGCAUGGGCACGACAUUGAAUAUGAAUGUGAGACGUUACCGCGCCUAUCGGCCAUGAUGUUGCUGCUGUUUAUUGUAUUUUACUGGGUGUUGCCAUUGGCUUGGCAUAUCGUUGUAGCAAUAUUUGGUUGGCCAUUACAAAGAAACCUCCCUACCAGUUUGCGCGUGGGGUUUUUCUCUUUGUUCGUUGCCGUUGCAAGUGUGUUUCACUUAUCGUCGUCACUGAUAUAUUUUUUAAUUACAUCGUCUGUUUUAUUUCUUGGUAUUGGUGUCUAUGUUAAUGUGGUUUCCCGGUUUCCCCGCAAGUGUCAAUAAAUGAAGACAAUGUCAAUGACAAAGUUCGCCGACAACGUCGUCUUUAUUAGAUUUUAUCAUUAUGACUGCAAUGCCAACGGCAACGAUAAAUUAGAAAACGACAGCGCUACGAACGAUGCAUGAAUAAAGUAUGUACGAUUAGAAUUAUGCUUGUAUACAGCUAUUUCAAUUAAGGUUGUCCCCGAGCAAAGUGGAAAAGUCGAAUACGAGCGCGAAAGGCUUGCCGGGAAUCGCUAACAAAUUAAUGAAUUUUUUUUUAUUCUCAGCAAGCCUUUCGUGCUCGUCGUAUUCGACUUUUUCGCUUUGCUCGGGGACAACCUUAAUUGAAAUAGCUGUAUAAAUAUCUCGUAUUCUCAUGUAAGAUGAAAAUUAUUCUAAGAAUAUUCUAGUAUUCUAAAAACGAUGUAGAUUAAUUGUAUCUAGAUAUAUAAUGUCUCGUGUACGAUGAAAACAAUUCUAAGAAUUAUUCUAAUAUUCCAAAAACGAUGUAUAAUUUAUGUAUGAGGAGAACUGAAGAUGCAACGAUUGUAUUGCCUUUUGAAAAUACUGGGUCGAAUUAUAAGUUAGCAUCAAAAAUCACUUAAGGUGGCAACACCAAUAUUCUAACUUGUCCAAAUAUGCAAAUUAGAUAAUUAAAAUAAUAGGAUAUUUUUUAGACUGCGAGCAAUCCCUCUAUUUUCCUUCGUUUUAUUGUUUCCCGGAUUAGAUAAUUCAAAUUAAUUACUUUCGAUCAGGUUCAUCAUCAGGAAGUUGUAUCUUAAAAUUUCAAUACUGUUCAUGUGUCUUACAACAUCUUUUUUGCUCUUAUUUUUGACUCUUUAUCCAGAUUUUCGCCUACAAACCAAAAAUUUGAGAGCAUUUUCAUUUUUCUGCCUUAGCUUCUGUCUUAUUUUAAAUAAUUAUGUAGUAUAUUUCGAAUUUAAUGUGAAUGAAAAGAAAUAUGUAAAGACAACGAGCGUUAGAAAAUGUAUAACUGAGUCACAUGGACAUGAUCUGAAAUGGUCUCAUUGCACAUAGCACAUGCCAUAACAAUUACACACGUAAAUGUCUCGCAUCUUGUGGCAAGUCUGCCGACAAGCCGUCAACAAGUUGUCUUCGCACUGCUUGUCCCAAGUUGUCAACAGUUUGGAACAAGCCGUUAACAACUUGUAACAACCUUGUUGAUAUUAUCAGACUUGUUGCAAGGUUGUUCCAACAAGUCCGAUACAGUCAUGGUAUAGCAAUGUUGUUACAACCUUGUGUCGUCAACCUUGUAACAUCUUGUUAUGUCAUGACUGUAUCAGACUUGUUAGAACAACCUUGUAAGUCUGAUAAUGCCAUCAAGCUUGUUACAAGUUGUUAACAGCUUGUUCCAAACUUGUUACGACAACUGGGAACAAUCAGUACGAACACAACUUGUUGACAGCUUGUGAACAGGUUUGUAACAACUUGUUUGCAGACCUGCAACAACUUGUGCGUUUUUACGUGUGUAGUGCCAGACAGGGUGCCAGAUAAUGUUCCAUUGUCUUUUUACUGCCUUUCUUGCUUUGCAUGGCUAUCCAGUUGCCCAUUGUUUUGACUUAGCAUUCUUGUACAGCGUUUUUGGAGAACUGUUGAAAUAAAGAUGUUUUCGAAUAUCUCUCUCUUUUAGAUCGUGCAGAGCGGUCCUUUGUCUCAAACACAAAAUAAGAACCUACAUACAGAAGCAAGGGUUGCACCAGUACGUGUGCCUUCUGUUACGAUCUCAAUCAAGCCUCAACUUGUGGCUCCAAGCCCGAGCAUCGACACCUUCAAGUCUGGGGAUGAAUUUGAUGGUGCGGGCGGUCGAGAACGAACGCUAGUCAAGAAAUAUUACCAAAAUUCCAGCGGUGGUUUUAUAGGUAAGGACAGAUAGAAAAUCGGGUCAAUUUCCAUAAUAGCAUCCUCAAUUUUACAUGCAAUGAUAUCUGUCCUUUCAAACUAUUCUUAAUUUUUGCAAUGCAAUAAAUCUAGAUUUUUCUCAAUUUCAGUGAAAGAAAACUUGUUCACGGUACAGGAAAAGAUUACUCUUUCCCCUCUGUUUACACUUACAAUUUUUGCUGGAAUUUCUAGUGCGAUUUUCGUCUUCUGAUGGAUGUGAACGAGUAGACGAGUAAUGAAUGUUCAAAGCAUAUGUACCUUCAUCUGAACAUUCAUGACUCAUCCACUCGUUCACAUCCAUCAGAAGGAGAAAAUCGCACCUUUAAAACUCGUACCUAAAAUUGCAGGGAAAAUUGUGUAAACGGGCCCAUUUCCACUCAGGAAAAUUUUCCGCAGAAAGAAAAUUUUGUGAAAUAUGAUUGGUCGACACAAAUUUUCCGUCGGAAAAAAUUUUUGAAGUUGAAAAUUUUCAUUAACAAAGAGUUGAUAACAAUGAUAUUUUCGGAAAAUCAGUUUCUGUCCGUGGAAAUUUUUCUCGAGUGGAAAUGGGCCUAAAGACAACAUUAGCACCCCAAAACCACUCGUAUGCAUAGUGAUUUAUUCUCAAGUGUAAAUGAAGUUAUGAAUUAUUAAAAUAUUUCUCAGAUGGUUUUCAGAAGAAAUCAAGAACUGGUAAGCAAGAGUACUGGAAUCAAAUGACGUCGUCAGAAUUGGAGAAAGAUGUAAGUUGCGGAAUUUAAUACCCAGAGAUAAUCCGGGCUUAAUAAUUAGGUUACGAUUAGUUAACUUUGCAUUUGUGUCAUGUUCUAUAUACAAAGCAGUUAACGUGUAUUGUAUUUGGCUGGUAAAAUGGCGAGAAAUAACAUCUGUUUUAGUAAAAUUCUAUUCUUAUUCAGCGUCUCUGUUUUUAUGAUAACUUAUGGACUGAUUUCAAAAAUGUGUCGAUCUUCCUUUCAUUAUAAUCUAGGGUUGGUCCUCAUUAUUGAAGACUGACCAGGGAUCUCUACUACUUCCUGGGGCCACUACUUUCAAAUGUGUGUGAGCUUGAACUGUCUAACGGUAUCUUUUUCUAUUUCUUCUUGCAGAAGUUAGUCAUGGGCAGCAAGGAGUGGAUGGACGCACAUUUAACUGCUGUAUUGGACAAAGCGAAAAUGACAAGACAGCUUUGCCAAAUGGGAUAA